UUGCCAUUUUAUAUCAUGAUUAAUAAAUACAUAUAGAACAAAGUAAGCCUUCAGUGAUAAUGACUCAACGAAAUGUUUUGCUCUUAACAUCAUGUUUUCUCCAUUAUGAGCAUAAAUUGUCAGCCCAUUCCUUUGUGACAGGCUAUUAUAACAGAAUCACUGCCAAAAAUAAGAAUUAAAAUUCCUGGCUGUAAUUGUCUCUUCCCACUCUAUGUUGUACUUAGGUCAACAAUCAUAACUAUGACAAAAUAUAAUGCAGCAUUUAUGGGAACAAUAGAACUUCAGUUUUGACUUCUGAAAAUAUUCUGUUCAAAAUGAUUUGGAUAACUAUAGGACUCCUGGGCUCAUGUCUCAUAAGUGUAAAUUCAAAAUCUAUAGAUAUAGACACAUAUGGCUUGAAGCACACCAACCCAUGUACACCUGAUUCUAUAUUCAACCACGACUACUACCACCCGUACCCUGGUAAUAACUCCCUCUAUAUCCAGUGCAAUCGAUGGGGAGGCCCAUACAUACGAUGGUGCGGACCUAUGAAGAUAUGGGCACCACAGGCGAAGACUUGUGUCUACGGAAACCCUGAUGUUGUAAAUGACGAAGACUAUGACAGCUUUCAGACAACAACUGGAACUGAUGAUGAUGAUGAUGAUGAAAACACAGGGAGUAAUACGAUCAAUGGUUACCCAGGAGGUGGAAUCCAAAAUAGAGGCACUGGGGAUCAAGAUGCGAAGCCCAUUCCUGGAUUAGACAAUUAUCUACCUGGCAGGAAUACAAAUGGUGAAGAUGUCACUACUCCCCAUGCAGGAGAACCACAAACCAAACCCAGUGUGGAUGGUGUGAAUCCAUGUGUCGAGACAGGUGAACUUUACCAUCCAUACCCUGCUGAUCCUACCAAGUUCAUUCAAUGUGCGCAGUGGGGUGAUAUCUUUAUUAUCACAUGUGCUCCAAAUCAGGUUUGGGAUCAAACCUUGAUGACAUGCAAGCCUGAUGGAACUUCAAAUAACAAAACCCCUGAUGGCACAAAUGACAAAUCACCAGCGACCAAAAAUGGAAAUUUUGAGACUCCUUGUUCCACAACAGGGGAGAAUUACUACCCCCAUCCAUUUGAUGAAUCUAAGUUUAUUCUCUGCUCACCCUGGGGAGAUUCUUACAUCAUCUGGUGUGGGGAAAACAAGAUCUGGAACCAGUUAGCUGAGGCGUGUACAAUUCCAGGCCAAUCAGCACCUCGUGUCAAUAACAAACAACCUCAACCUGAGAUUGACCCCGAAACAGCCUCCCCUGCAACAAUUUUCCCAGUUGAGCCUCAAGCGGGAGAUAACAGUGGAGGUAGAGAUAUUUUUGACUUGACUGGUAUAUGCAACAAUGGAAACCUUUAUCAGAGUUAUCCGUACGACCCAAGCAAGUUUAUUCUGUGUUCCCACUGGGGUGACCUCUAUCUGGUUUGGUGUGGGGAUAAUGCACAUUGGAAUCAGAAUGCUCAGUCAUGUAUGAAGAAUGUGCUCAUUGAUCACGGUGGGCUUCCCCCAGACAUGAUUUAUAACGGCAAUAGUGGAGUUUACGUUAACCAAAAUGGCGGAAAACAAACACAAAAUCUUCCUGCCCCUAUGAAUAAAGACAAAACAACAGGUCAAGAAAAUCCAAAAAGUCCAUCAAAUCAACCUGAUGUGACGGACAAUGACCAUGAUGACACAAAGCAUGAUAAGAAUUAUCAACCACCAACUGCUGGUCCUACUGAGCCUAAGCCUAAGGCUUGGGUGCAGGGAAUGACUCUAUCAAACCCAUGCUGGACAUCAAAUGGUCUCUACCAUGCCUAUCCUGAUGACAAGUCCAAGUUUAUACAGUGUGCUGAGUGGGGGGAUAUGUUUGUUAUGCAGUGCCCUGUUGGAGAACUUUGGAACCAAGGCAUUCGGACAUGUACCAGGAAUGUCAAUCAUGGUGGUGAUUAUCGACCAGGAGAUGCCACAGCUGAACAAACUACUCAGAGUUAUCAAACAACAAGGACAUUUCAAACUUAUCCAAACACUCAGUACACAACCCAAGAAUUGACACAAAGGCCAUUUCCCACCACCACCCCUUAUACGACCACCCCCUCCACUCCACCCAGUGAUCCUUACACAACAUCAGGUAACACCGAGUCCUCCAAUCCCUGUGUUCUAACAGGCCAACAAUACCAACCACAUCCUUAUGACAGUGACAAGUUCAUCCUAUGUGCCCAAUGGGGGGAUAUCUUUGUUGUCCAAUGCCAAGAUGACAAAGUUUAUGAUUCAGUUUCUAAUUCAUGUGUGAGUCUAUCGGGGGAUGGGGGAGGCCCCGAGAUGGGUGAAGACACACGUAGUACAAUGAAUGGGUACCCAGGGGGACCAAUGACAUCAGAGGCAAGCUACAAUCCAUGUUCUACGGGGGGAGCAUCAUACCAGGCAUACCCCUAUGAUAUGACCAAGUUUAUCCAUUGUUCUAAAUGGGGGGAUGCAUACCUAGUUGAGUGUGGGAGCCAUAAGUUAUGGAAUGACUGGUACCAAGCAUGUACAGGGACUGAGGGGGAUGACACUCAAGACCCCAACCCUGGUCUUGAUCCUGACCCAGAGGCACCCUAUGACCCUUCAAACCCAUGCACCACCCCAGGGGAGGUCUACAGACCCCACCCAACUGAUGCAAACAAGUUUAUUAUGUGUUCUGGCCACACCAUGUACACAAUGUCGUGUCCUGCAGGUCUUCUAUGGGACAAUAUAAAAAAGACUUGUAACUGGCAAAAUUAGACUUUCCACAUAUUCUUGAAGAACUAUUAACACAGAAUUAUUUGAGUUAUUUAUGAAUACAAUCAAAUUACGUGGCAACAUGGAAUUUAUCCAAAAAAAACUCUCAUCCUUUGAAUAGUGAGAAAAAGAUUUAGUAUUCAC